CAUCAAUGUGCGACUUUACAAGUAGUUUUCGAACAGGGGAAGCUGACAUUCGUGUGAAAGGUAUGCCAAUGUGAUCAUGGCCAGCAGGCAGUGGUGUGAGGGUCACUCCACCCCAGUGCUGUGUGUGGGGGCCUCUGGGGGUCCGGAGGGUCUCCUAGCCUCUGGCUCAGAGGAGGGUGAGGUAACAGUGUGGAACCAGGAGGGAACGGUGUUAGCUCGUCUCCGUCUGCCCAGCGGGGAUGAUGUGACCAGCGCUGUGUUCUCGCCGGCGGCUCCAGGCCUGUUGUAUGUGUCCCACGGAGAGACGGUGAGCGUAUUGGACCCUAGGAGCCUAAAGGGGGCGGUAGAGGAGCUACAGGGUGCGGGAGAGGAGGAGAUCAACUCUCUGGCUCUGAAUGAGACAGGCUCAGCUCUGGCCGUGGCUGAUGACUCAGGGGUGGUGAGGGUGCUAGGGUUGCCGGGGGGUCAAGUAAACAGGACGCUCCGCAGACACACCAACAUCGUCUCAUCUGUGGCUUUCCGCCCUCUCAGGCCCAACAACUUGGUCUCAGCCGGGCUCGACAUGCAGGUGAUGUUGUGGAGCCUACAGAAGACACGCCCUGUCUGGACCCUCAACCUGCAGGAAGUGGCUGAGGAAGAGGAGGCCCAUCAGCACAAAGCUGGUCAGCUCUUCAACCCACCUCUGGCCCACUGCGUCUCUGUAGCGACCUGCGGGAACGUUUUGGCCUGCGCCGCCGAGGACGGACGUGUGCACCUGAUGCGGAUCGGCAGUGGCUCCAAACUGGACCAACGGGGGGCCAUCAAGGCCCACAGCCAGGGAGCCUCACAGGCCCACUUCCUCAGCUUCUUACCCCACCCAUACUGGCUGGCUACUGGGGGCAACGACGGCAUAGUGGCCCUCUGGGACCUCAGUCAGAACCCGGUAGUUACUGUUGAGGAUAAGGGCAAGCCACAGGCAGCGCCAGUCCACCGCAGGAGACCCAAUGCCAGGGCUAAAGCCAAACUCCAGGCCAAGCCCCAGCAGGCAAAAGAUGAGACUAAGAAGGAGAGGGAGGAGGUGGAGGAGGGCAGCAGUGUAGAUCAGUUACCAGGCACAGAGGAGGCCCUGAAGUCAGGACCUAAACUCAGCUUCAGCCAUGGGGACAAGGUGAACUGGGUGUGUCCCACUCUGCUGAGAGGGGAACCCAGCCUGGUGGUGGCUGACCAGAGCCCUAACCUGUCUGUCUACUCUUUGGCCGGUCUAUAGACCUAUCCUGUCUGUCUACUCUCUGGCUGGUCUAUUGACCUAACCUGUCUGUCUACUCUCUGGCUGGUCUAUAGACCUAACCUGUCUGUCUACUCUCUGGCUGGUCUAUUGACCUAACCUGUCUGUCUACUCUCUGGCUGGUCUAUAGACCUAACCUGUCUGUCUACUCUCUGGCUGGUCUAUUGACCUAACCUGUCUGUCUACUCUCUGGCCGGUCUAUAGACCUAACCUGUCUGUCUACUCUCUGGCUGGUCUAUUGACCUAACCUGUCUGUCUACUCUCUGGCUGGUCUAUAGACCUAACCUGUCUGUCUACUCUCUGGCUGGUCUAUUGACCUAACCUGUCUGUCUACUCUCUGGUCGGUCUAUAGACCUAACCUGUCUGUCUACUCUCUGGCUGGUCUAUAGACCUAACCUGUCUGUCUACUCUUUGGCUGUAGCAAUAUACAAACUGCCUUACUUUGUAUUACUUAGUAGUUUAAGGGGCCCUCCUUCCUCUGAGUUUUUCUCACUGAGCGAUAGUAUCAUCAGCCUGUCUGUGUAUUAAGACUGGCAGACAGAACCUUCUUUAACCAGAGGCAUCCACCUAAAGGAGGACUGAACCAUGUCUUUAUCAGCAGGGUUCUCCCCUUCAAAGACUGAAACACUGACCAUCUGAUAGGACUGCACCAUGACAAACCAGGGGGGUGAAGACAGGUCCAUCUGAUAGGACUGCACCAUGACAAACCAGGGGGGUGAAGACAGGUCCAUCUGAUAGGACUGCACCUUGACAAACCAGGGGGGUGAAGACAGGUCCAUCUUAUAGGACUGCACCAUGACAAACCAGGGGGGUGAAGACAGGUCCAUCUGAUAGGACUGCACCACGACAAAACAGGGGAGUGAAGACGGACGCAGAUGUUUGAUCAGCUCAACAAUGCAAACACACCCAGCUGACCCCACGCUUGGCGAUAUGUACAAACCAGAUGUGCCACUGCAAAGGAUAUGAUUCCAUUUAAACAAUCUCACUCCACCAGUCUUGUUGCUGGGUAAACUCUAUGGGUUGGUGUGAUAGGAUGUCUGUCAUCAGUUUAACUCCAAUGGAGCUUUAUUACAAAUGUGCUGAGUGGAGUUUUCUUUCCUGAAUAUAUAUAUAUAUAUAUAUGUGUGUGUGUGUGUGUGUACACUGUAUAUAUAUACAGCAGUAUGUGGACAACCCUUCACAUUAGUGGAUUCGGCUAUUUCAGCCACACCCGUUGCUGAAAGAUGUAUACAAUUCGAGCACACGGCCAUGCAAUCUCCAUAGACAAACAUUGGCAGUAGACUGGCCCUUACUGAAGAGCUCAGUGACUUUCAACGUGGCAUCGUCAAAGGAUGUCACCUUUCCAACAAGUCAGUUAGUUAAAUUUCUGCCCUGCUAAAGAUGCCAUGGCCGAGCACACAUGAUCAACCACGCGCAAUGCCAAGCGUCGGCUGGAGUGGUUUAAAGCUCGCCGCCAUUGGACUCUGGAGCAGUGGAAACGUGUUCUCUGGAGUGAUGAAUCACGUUUCACCAUCUGGCAGUCCGACGGCCGAAUCUGGGUUUGGAGGUUGCACGGUAGAACGCUACCUGCCCAUAAUGAAUAGUGUCAAGUGUAAAGUUUGGUGGAGGAGGAAUAAUGGUCUGGGGCUGUUUUUCAUGGUUCGGGAUAGACCCUUUAGUUCCAGUGAAGGGAAAUCUUAACGAUACAACAUACAAUGACAUUCUAGACGAUUCUGUGCUUCCAACUCUGUGGCAACAGUUUGGGGAAGGCCCUUUCCUGUUUCAGCAUGACAAUGCCCCCGUGCACAAAGAGAGGUCCAUACAGAAAUGGUCGAGAUCGGUGUGGAAGAACGUGACACCAACAACCACAUACCACCGAACACCUUUGGGAUGAUUUGGAACGUUGACUGUGAGCCAGGCCUAAACGCCCAGCAUCAGUGCCCGACCUCACUAAUGCUCUUGUGGCCGAAUGGAACCAAGUCCCUGCUGUAAUGUUACAACAUCUAGUGGAAAACCUUCCCAGGAGAGUGGAGGCUGUUAUAGCAGCAAAGAGGGGACCGACUCCAUAUUGAUGCCAAUGAUUUUGGAAUGAGAUGUUCGACAAGCAGGUGUCCAUACUUUGUCAUGUACUGUACAUACAAACCAUUAAGAACACCUGCACUUUCCAUGACACAGACUGACAGCUAUGAUCCCUUAUUGAUGUCACCUGUUAAAUCAACCAGUGUAGAUGAAGAGGAGGAGACCAUUUGAAUGGGCAAGCCAAAAUAUUUAAGUGCCUUUGAACGGGGUAUGGUCAUAUGUGCCAGGCGCACCGGUUAGUGUCAAGAGUUACAACACUGCAGGGUUUUUCAAACAACAGUUUCCUGUGUGUGUCAAGAAUGGUCCACCAGCCAAAGGACAUCCAGACAACUUGACACAACUGUGGGAAGCAUUGGAGUCCUCAUGGUGGCCAAGCAACCUUAUGAAACACUUUCAACACCUUGUAGAGUCCACCCCCAACCAACUGAGGCUGUUCUGAGUGCAGAGGGAAGUUAUUAGGAAAGUGUUUGGUUUCCUCAAUGCACUGGGGAUUUUUAAGGUGAUUUCUGAUUGAGCUGACAUAUGUAACGUUUACCUGUGAAUGGGAUAUCAGUAAUUGCCGGAACAUACCCAUUAAAAAAGAGCCACAAUGCCCAUUAAAAAAGAGCCACAUGACCUACAAUGCCCAUGACCUACAAUCAGAUUGAAUCUCAGUGUAUUUUUCAUACAAUCAAGUCAAUAUCAGUCAAGAUGUCAGCAGCUAGGUAAGGAUGUAUGAGUGAGUCAUAACAGGUCCAAAAUAUAAAAAAAUAAACUGUGGAGUGAUUUUUUUUUCCCCAAUAAAAAUAAAAAAGUUUUGCAGUGUGUAUGA